UACUCAACACGCUUCUCUGAAACAUCUCUUGUCCUGACAUUUUCAAUCCGGAUUCUUUGCCGCAAAUUCCAUUUUGCAUUUACCCAGUUUUUUCUGUGAUUUUUCCAGCAAUUUAGCAUUACCAAGUGUUCCAACGUGCAGAAGAGUAGUCAGUGAAUUAGCUGGAGAAAAGCGACAAGAAGGAAGACAAGGAGAAAACCGUUGAAAAGACAUCGAAACAGAUUCAACAAAAUCAAGGAGAAUAAUGGCCGGAUUUCACGAUCAAUUGCUGACGGACGUGAUGUCGGACUGCUUCAGAGCUUUCAGUCUCCCAGUAAAGGUAAAGCCUCUCCAUAUUAAUGAUCUUUGGAAACAGAAACUCGAUGAUUGGGGAUCAGCCCCGGGUAUGCCAUGGAAGCACUAUGGGUAUCAGACAAAAGCCGACGUUAUUCGCGAUCCGAAUGCAUUGAAGUCAAUUAAGCAAUUCUGGCAGUUGGUUAUGGAUGGGCAGGAUGUUAACUUGCCGUACUGCCUUGGCAUUGCACGUCCGCAUCGGAUUUACAGGAAUCGCAAGCGUCGACCUGCAAUGUGGGGAUAUCCGUGUACAGCCUCCUUCAUGGAAGCCUGUUUUGCUCUACCACUCAUUGAUGCAUACUACGAGACGAGCACACCGAUGGCAUUCAGAUUCAGUUCAAACAGGGGAGCGUGUCAGGAGUUGUUCCGUCGCUUCCACGAUUGCAACAACGUUGUGAGCCUAAACUACAAAUCCUUCUACCAAUCGAUCCCAGAUUGGUUGAUCAAACUUGCCUUUGAUGUGUUGGCAACAAACAUAAAUUGGCAUGAGUUUCAGGGGCACAAUGGGCAGCAUAAUGAGAGAUUGUACAGGGUGUGGCGGAAGCUCAUUGAUUACUUCAUUAGAGCUCCCACAAGAUUUCGCAAUGGCACGCGGUACGAUAGGGGGAAGAAGGGCAAGGGCAUAGGGGGUGGGAGCUAUUUUGCCGAAUUGAUUUACACGAUUGUCAAUUUCAUUGUUACGCAGUACUGCAUUCGCGAUCAGAAUCUUGACAUUGAAGAUCAUUUGGUGCUGGGUGAUGAAUCCCUCGUUGCAACAAGUGGAACUGUUGAUCUCAGUCACUUGGUCGCAAGAGCCGGUAGAUUCAAUAUGAUCAUAAACAUUGAGGGGGUUCAGAUCACAAAUCACAUCAAUGGGGUGCGUUUCUUGGGGUAUGACAUUAAUCGGGGAAGCCUCAAUGCUCCUCCUGACAUUCAGUGCGUUGAAUACUACUCCCAACGAUACAAUCAACCGCGUCAGAUUUACUAAAUUGCCACAGAGUCGUUUCCUACAUGCACAGGAAACUAUUAACUGAUCUCUGCGAUAUUUUCCCUCAAUUUUCGUGAAAUUUUUUCUUUAAUUUGAAUUAAUUUGCAAAAUGAAUUGUUCGGUUGCAACGACAACCAUCACAACGAAAACCACGAAAAAGAAAAAAAAAUUGAGAUUUAUAAAGUGAAUUAAAGCGAAAAAAAGAUUUGUCCUUACC